AGCAGUUCCCCCACUCCUUCUAAUUAGAGCAUUGGAUAAAAGAUCGAACGACCACAGGGACAACGAAUCAAAAUAUAGCUAGAGAAAGAGAGAGAUGGCGACAAGCAGUGCAGCGGCAAGCUCGCCAGAGGCACAAAAGAUAGUGUGGAACGAGACCCAAAGGAGGUUCGAGAUGGAGGACAGGAAAGCCUACAUAGAGUACGUGUUAAGACAAGAUGGCAAAGUGAUGGAUAUCAUCCACACUUUUGUCCCAUCUUCGAAGCGAGGCAUGGGCUUGGCUUCUCAUCUCUGUAUUGCUGCCUUCAAUCAUGCCAAGUCCCACUCUUUGUCCAUUAUCCCCUCUUGCUCUUAUGUCUCCGACACUUUUCUUCCAAGAAACCCGUCUUGGAAGAAUCUAUUGCACUCAGAGGACCUCAAAUCUAAUAUCUAAAUAGCUUCAGCUGUUAGUUAUCGUGGUGGUGGAUAUCGAUGGCAUCUCAUCUACUAUCGGUGCAGAUACUCUACUUUAAGCCUAAUAAUAAUUUGUUGUACUUCUUUGCAGAUGAUAUUGUAAGACAAUUUUUAUCUUUGAAAUAGCUUUUGCGUAUGAUAUAUACCAGACAAUUUGGGUAACUCUAGUAAUCUUCCCAGCCCCCUUCUUCCAAACAUUUUGCUGGUUUUCAGUAUUAAACAGGUUUUCAACAUUGUAUAUCUGAAAUUUUCUUAUAGCUAAUAACUUCUGUUCCGAUUACAAUCAUAACUUUUGUGUAUAGAUUAAGGUUUCAAAUAGCAGUUGUAUAACGGAAUAGUGGCCGCAAAAUUGUAAUAGUGCUACCGUCUGUCACCGCCUGCCACCGCUAUUAGGAAAAAUGUGGCUGAAAAAU